UUGGGAAAUAAUUCUAUAGGCAUAAGCAAAAAUGGAGUUGUUGCAGGGAGGAGAAGCGAGCUCAGCGGCGACUGCGGGCGCGGGUUUUUGGUACGCUUUUGCGUCUGCCGCGACGCACCUGGCCGGCCCGGCGGCAGCGCUCCGUCCGCACAAUGUGGCUUCCUAAACACUCCGGUGUACGAUUUGCAGCAGGUCGGGGAUGUGUAUACAGGCCCAGGAGCAAAAUGUUCGACACUGCCAGCAAUACUGGGCGGGUCUCUACCGCGACUGUCGUCCGAGCAAAGCGAGGCGGUGUCACGUGCGAAAAAGUACGCGAUGGAGCAAAGUAUCAAGAUGGUUCUGAUGAAGCAGACACUUGCCCAUCAGCAACAACAGAUGGCGUCGCAGCGCACACAGGUGCAACGACAGCAGGCUCUCGCGCUCAUGUGCAGGGUGUAUGUUGGAUCCAUAUCAUUUGAGUUGAAAGAAGACACUAUCAGGCAAGCAUUUCUUCCGUUCGGUCCCAUUAAAUCCAUCAACAUGUCAUGGGAUCCAGUCACACAGAAACAUAAGGGUUUUGCUUUUGUUGAAUAUGAAAUUCCUGAAGCUGCACAGCUCAGUCUUGAGCAAAUGAAUGGUGUCAUGCUUGGAGGCAGAAAUAUAAAAGUAGUUGGUCGUCCCUCAAACAUGCCCCAAGCUCAGGCGGUCAUAGACGAGAUCCAGGAGGAGGCCAAGCAGUACAACCGCAUCUAUGUAGCUUCUAUACAUCCAGAGCUCACUGAGGAUGAUAUUAAGAACGUGUUCGAGGCGUUCGGUCCGAUCACGUACUGCAAGCUGGCGCAGGGCACUUCAGCGCACAAGCACAAGGGUUACGGGUUCAUCGAGUACGCGACGUUAGCCGCCGCGCUGGAGGCCAUUGCAUCCAUGAACCUGUUUGACCUGGGCGGGCAGCACCUGCGCGUUGGACGCGCUAUCACGCCGCCCGCCGCACUUGCCGGCGCCAGCACCGCGCACGUGCCCAUGCCAACUGCCGCCGCUGUGGCUGCAGCCGCUGCCACCGCCAAGAUACAGGUGAGCCCCGUGCGCGACGACGCCAGCACCGUGCACGUGCCCAUGCCAACUGUCGCUGCUUUGGCUGCAGCCGCUGCCACCGCCAAGAUACAGGUGAGUCAUGUGCGCAACGCCAGCACCGUGCACGUGCCCAUGCCAACUGUCGCUGCUUUGGCUGCAGCCGCUGCCACCGCCAAGAUACAGGUGAGGCAUGUGCGCAACGCCAGCACCGUGCACGUGCCCAUGCCAACUGCUGCCAGCAACGCCGCACGUCCGUGCCUGCCCUGCUGUGGCUGCAGCCGCUGCCACCGCCAAGAUACAGCCGCUGCCACCGCCAAAAUACAAGUGAGCCACGUGCGCCACGCCAGCACCGCGCACGUGCCCAUGCUCACCGCCACCACCGUGGCUGCAGCCACCGCCACCACCAAGAUACAGGUGAUUCACGUGCGCCACGCCAGCACCGUGCACGUGCCCAUGCCAACUGCCGCCGCUGUGACUGCAGCCGCUGCCACCGCCAAGAUACAGGUGAGUCACGUGCGCAACGCUAGCACCGUGCACGUGCCCAUGUCCAUCGCCGCCGCUGUGACUGCAGCCGCUGCCACCGCCAAGAUACAGGCGAUGGACGCGGUGGCGAGCAACGCGGUGGCGCUGGGACUGACCAAGCUGAACGCGCUGGGCGUGCCGCCUGCCGCAGCGCUGCCCACGCUGGCGGCCGCGCUGCCCAACCUGCCCGCCGCGCUGCCCGUCACGCUGCCCGCCGCGCUGCCUGUCACGCUCCCCGCCACGCUCCCCGCUGCUCUAGGCGCGCUGCCGCUGCCGGCUACGCUGCCGGUCUCGCUCCCUGCAGCGCUGCCCACCGCGCUGCCCCCCGCGCUGCCUGCCACGCUGCCCACCACGCUCCCCGCCAUUCCUGCCGCGCUGCCGGCCGCCAUCCCGCCGCCCGGCGUCGUCAUCCCACCACCGCCAGUCUCCGCGCGCGCAAAUAAUCAGUUCCAAGCGAGCGAGGUGAAAGCAAAUGCGAACGACGGCGGCGGCCAGCAGGCGGCGCUGCAGCGCAAGUUGCUGGACAGCUCGCCCGACACGCUGCAGCAGCAGGAGUCGCUCUCCAUCUCCGGACAGUCGGCACGCCACCUCGUCAUGCAGGUGUGUGUUGUGGUUGUGUUGUGUACAAGUUGCUGGACAGCUCGCCCGACACGCUGCAGCAGCAGGAGUCGCUCUCCAUCUCCGGACAGUCGGCACGCCACCUCGUCAUGCAGGUGUGUGUUGUGGUUGUGUUGUGUACAAGUUGCUGGACAGCUCGCCCGACACGCUGCAGCAGGAGUCGCUUUCCAUCUCCGGACAGUCGGCACGCCACCUCGUCAUGCAGGUGUGUGUUGUGGUUGUGUUGUGUACAAGUUGCUGGACAGCUCGCCCGACACGCUGCAGCAGGAGUCGCUUUCCAUCUCCGGACAGUCGGCACGCCACCUCGUCAUGCAGGUGUGUGUUGUGGUUGUGUUGUGUACAAGUUGCUGGACAGCUCGCCCGACACGCUGCAGCAGCAGGAGUCGCUCUCCAUCUCCGGACAGUCGGCACGCCACCUCGUCAUGCAGGUGUGUGUUGUGGUUGUAUUGUGUACAAGUUGCUGGACAGCUCGCCCGACACGCUGCAGCAGGAGUCGCUCUCCAUCUCCGGACAGUCGGCACGCCACCUCGUCAUGCAGGUGUGUGUUGUGGUUGUGUUGUGUACAAGUUGCUGGACAGCUCGCCCGACACGCUGCAGCAGGAGUCGCUCUCCAUCUCCGGACAGUCGGCACGCCACCUCGUCAUGCAGGUGUGUGUUGUGGUUGUGUUGUGUACAAGUUGCUGGACAGCUCGCCCGACACGCUGCAGCAGGAGUCGCUUUCCAUCUCCGGACAGUCGGCACGCCACCUCGUCAUGCAGGUGUGUGUUGUGGUUGUGUUGUGUACAAGUUGCUGGACAGCUCGCCCGACACGCUGCAGCAGGAGUCGCUCUCCAUCUCCGGACAGUCGGCACGCCACCUCGCGUCAUGCAGGUGUGUGUUGUGGUUGUGUUGUGUACAAGUUGCUGGACAGCUCGCCCGACACGCUGCAGCAGGAGUCGCUCUCCAUCUCCGGACAGUCGGCACGCCACCUCGCGUCAUGCAGGUGUGUGUUGUGGUUGUGUUGUGUACAAGUUGCUGGACAGCUCGCCCGACACGCUGCACGCAGGAGUCGCUUUCCAUCUCCGGACAGUCGGCACGCCACCUCGUCAUGCAGGUGUGUGUUGUGGUUGUGUUGUGUACAAGUUGCUGGACAGCUCGCCCGACACGCUGCAGCAGGAGUCGCUUUCCAUCUCCGGACAGUCGGCACGCCACCUCGUCAUGCAGCUCGCCCGACACGCUGCAGCAGGAGUCGCUUUCCAUCUCCGGACAGUCGGCACGCCACCUCGUCAUGCAGGUGUGUGUUGUGGUUGUGUUGUGUACAAGUUGCUGGACAGCUCGCCCGACACGCUGCAGCAGGAGUCGCUUUCCAUCUCCGGACAGUCGGCACGCCACCUCGUCAUGCAGGUGUGUUGUUGUGGUGUUGUGGUACAAGUUGCUGGACAGCUCGCCCGACACGCUGCAGCAGGAGUCGCUCUCCAUCUCCGGACAGUCGGCACGCCACCUCGCGUCAUGCAGGUGUGUGUGUGGUUGUGUUGUGUACAAGUUGCUGGACAGCUCGCCCGACACGCUGCAGCAGGAGUCGCUUUCCAUCUCCGGACAGUCGGCACGCCACCUCGUCAUGCAGGUGUGUGUUGUGGUUGUGUUGUGUACAAGUUGCUGGACAGCUCGCCCGACACGCUGCAGCAGGAGUCGCUUUCCAUCUCCGGACAGUCGGCACGCCACCUCGUCAUGCAGGUGUGUGUUGUGGUUGUGUUGUGUACAAGUUGCUGGACAGCUCGCCCGACACGCUGCAGCAGGAGUCGCUCUCCAUCUCCGGACAGUCGGCACGCCACCUCGCGUCAUGCAGGUGUGUGUUGUGGUUGUGUUGUGUACAAGUUGCUGGACAGCUCGCCCGACACGCUGCAGCAGGAGUCGCUCUCCAUCUCCGGACAGUCGGCACGCCACCUCGCGUCAUGCAGGUGUGUGUUGUGGUUGUGUUGUGUACAAGUUGCUGGACAGCUCGCCCGACACGCUGCAGCAGCAGGAGUCGCUCUCCAUCUCCGGACAGUCGGCACGCCACCUCGUCAUGCAGGUGUGUGUUGUGGUUGUGUUGUGUACAAGUUGCUGGACAGCUCGCCCGACACGCUGCAGCAGGAGUCGCUUUCCAUCUCCGGACAGUCGGCACGCCACCUCGUCAUGCAGGUGUGUGUUGUGGUUGUGUUGUGUACAAGUUGCUGGACAGCUCGCCCGACACGCUGCAGCAGGAGUCGCUCUCCAUCUCCGGACAGUCGGCACGCCACCUCGCGUCAUGCAGGUGUGUGUUGUGGUUGUGUUGUGUACAAGUUGCUGGACAGCUCGCCCGACACGCUGCAGCAGGAGUCGCUUUCCAUCUCCGGACAGUCGGCACGCCACCUCGUCAUGCAGGUGUGUGUUGUGGUUGUGUUGUGUACAAGUUGCUGGACAGCUCGCCCGACACGCUGCAGCAGGAGUCGCUCUCCAUCUCCGGACAGUCGGCACGCCACCUCGCGUCAUGCAGGUGUGUGUUGUGGUUGUGUUGUGUACAAGUUGCUGGACAGCUCGCCCGACACGCUGCAGCAGGAGUCGCUUUCCAUCUCCGGACAGUCGGCACGCCACCUCGUCAUGCAGGUGUGUGUUGUGUACAAGUUGCUGGACGGUAAUAUGCCUUCGGUUGAUUUGUAUGAGAGCCUGCUGUGA